AUGUAUUGGAGGGCACCAUUUAGGUCUUUACUCACUAGUAAAGGGUUAGUGGAAUAUGUUGUGCUUGAUGUUGAGGAGGUUUAUUCGGAGGUAGCUAUUGAUGGCAAGAAAUUUGGUUUGGCUAAUGCCGAGUUUGCUCGCGUGAAAGAUUUGGGAAAGAAUGACACAAGAUUUAAUAUCAAGACUCAUUUGGGUUAUCUUUUGCAAACUGGUGACUAUGCUCCUGGUUAUGACUUGUGUGGGGUGAAUAGUGGUGAUGAUGAGAUUGAAUUGGACGAGUACGUAGGAGGUGGUGCAAUUUUAUUAAAGAAGAUAUAUGAAGAGAAAUGCCAGAAGAGAUGUAGGAAGCCUCCGCCGUACUUAAAAGAUCUAGAAGAAAUGCCUGAUAUGAUGAUCGGCUUAUCAUUAGGCGGUGAAGAGGUGCUUUCUGAUCCGUUUUACGAGCAGAUGGUUGGUCUUCAUCUGAACGACGAGGAAUAUGAGGCGAAGAGGAGAAGGUGA